AUACAAUCCAACGGUCUAGAUUCGUUCUCAUUUUUCUCCUAAGAUCUGUUCUUAUCGGAACCGCUCCCUACACACACACACACACACACACACACACACACACACACAUAUCUCUUUAAUCUAAAGCAUGUAAGGAUGUUAACAUGGCUCAUUUACCGUUUGAACAGUCCCCUUCCGUUACUCAUUUUUGCCGCAACCCACCCAAACGGCUUCCUCCGUUUUCUUCCCCUUCUAUUUUCCUCUUCGCAGGUCAAAUGGAUUUCGGACCGCGUGUGCGCAAACCUAGCUGCUGCGGACAGGGAUCGUUCGCGCACUGUGGAUGCUUUUCCUGCAAGAUGGAAAUCUCUCUUCUCUCCCGUUUGUGUUUCAGUUUUGAGAGCUCUUUUCAUCUACCGAAGCUGCCUAGCCUCCAGUCUUCCGCUGAUUCAUGCUCUUCGCGCUCCAGAAGUUUGGAAGUUCGUCAAAGAAAUUCUCUGGCAUACAACCAUUAUUCAGAAACUGAGCCCUCGAUCAAGGAGGAGGAGACAUAGUAUAAGGAGAAGGACACAUCCCUGGACAUUUUUCUUUCGGAGGCCGCCCAACAAUCGUUGAUUGUCAUGUUGCUGCAACCGAUUAUCAAACAACUCGGUUGCUUUAGAUUAUUCAAAAGAAAUAUCGAGGAUGGAAAGGGCGGAAGGAUGUCAGAAAGUAGUAAAGAUACAGAUCAUCCACUUUUAGAUGACAAAGCACUGACAUUGAACGGCCAUGUGGAGUGAAUUUGAGGUUGAGUAUCAUCUGUUUAUGUAUGUUCAAUUUUAUUUGGAUUUAAUUUGUGAUGUGAAACCCAUUUUUUCUAUGUGUACAUGGUCAGAAUGAUCUCCGAAGCCUUGUAUUUAUUAGAAGAUAAUUUCAUGAAGAAUACACUUCUUUCCAGCUUGAAAAACAAAUAUCCACCUUAUCUUUCAGCUCAUUUCUUUCCGUAAUUGCAAUCUCUUCCUCCAAUUCUCCAUCUUUCAAUCAGUUUCCCCUUCAUUCAAUUAGAGCUUCAGGUCAUCCACUUUUAGAUGACAAAGCCUUGUAUUUAAAAGGGCCAUGCUAACAUCCUUGCACGCUUUAGAUUAUAGAGAGAUAAUUUCAGGAAGAAUACACUUCUUUCCAGCUUGAAAAACAAAUAUCCACCUUAUCUUUCAGCUCAUUUCUUUCCGUAAUUGCAAUCUCUUCCUCCAAUUCUCCAUCUUUCAAUCAGUUUCUCCUUCAUCCAAUUAGAGCUUCAGAUCAUCCACUUUUAGAUGACAAAGCACUGACCUUGAACGACCAUGUGGAAUGAAUUUGAGGUUGGGUAUCAUCUGUUUAUGUAUGUUUAAUUUUAUUUGGAUUUAAUCUGUGAUAUGAUACCCACUUUUUUCUAUGUGUACAUGGUCAAAAUGAUCUCCGAAGCCUUGUAUUUAUUUUAAGAUAAUUUCAGGAAGAAUAUGUAUUAUGUAUGCAUUUAGUUAAUUUAGUGUUUCUAAAAUUUAGUUAAUUUUAAUGCCUUGUAUUGUAUUUAUCUAAGGUUUCUAUGCUUCAGGCAUGCACUGUUACAUCUGGUUUAAUGGGUCUUUUGUGCGGUUUGUGAUUCGUCAGGUUCAAUUUACUCUCUCUUCAUCGAUAGUUUGAUAGUUUGUGAUAAACAUCCGAGUCUGUGCUUCUUUUAUCAUGUUGUUUAUACGUGUAUAGACUGUUAAGUUGCAUAUCACAUGACACAAUGCUCUUGUAGUUUAUCCUUUGUUGAUGAGGUUUUGUAAUUUUAGUGGCCUUUUCAAAUUAAAAAUCAAGUUAUGAAGUCAGUAUUUGAGUGGAAACUUCAGUUGGUGUUUACUGUUUCUGUCUUAGUUAUUUGCUCGCCUCUCAUGUCUUCUGAUAAGAAGAAUAAGUUGAUUGGUGCUACCAAACAGGACCAGAGACUUAAACUUCUGAUACAAGUAACUCUUUGACAUGGUUAUGUUUUCAGAUUGUAAAUACCGAGUUCGGAGCAAUUUCAAAUGGCCUGCCCUUGACAGAUUGAAUUUGACAGAAAAUUGGAUGCUGACAACAUUAAUCCUUGUGAUCAGGCAAGUUUUUCUUAAAAUGUCCAAGAAACAGAUAUUUGAGGUUCUGGGUGUAGCAAUUGAAACCACAUCAAGGUCAUUCUUCACUGAACUGAUUGUUUCUGAUGAAAUUGACGAUCCCCGUAAACUAGCCAAAUCAAAAUUUUUCCUUGUUUCCUAUCAUCGGGCACAGAAUGCGCGCAACGCGCGCUUCAACGCUAGUAUAUAUAUAUAUACACUCAGUGCACUCAGUACCUAGAGUUUUAUUUUUCAUGGAUUUACAUGUUUCAUUAACAUGAGA